CGGCACUAGUGACCCCUCAAAAUCUCACAAGUUUAAGAUACUAUACUGUGUGUAUGUGUCAUUUCCUGGCCAGCAAAAACAUUACAACAAUCUACGCUCAAGAGAAACGCAAACUUUUUAUAACAACCACCUUCGAGUCACUGAUCCGCCAAAGUAAAUCAAUAGCUUGACCUCCCGCCGAGAAAGCCAUAAAUGCAAGUCUUGAGCCCGCGACCGAGCUUAGUCCGUGUUUUAUCGUGUGUCGCGAGGGGUGUCGUUUUUGGGGAGUGUUUCGGAAAAAUUCGCGUGUGCAGUCGCCAUGAUCAGUGGAGUUGGUUUGCGCUUCGACGUGCCCAGCGUGGAUAGGGCACCGGAAGUGUACGAUGACCGGGUGUUCGAGUUGGACGACCAGUACCAGAUGCUCGCGCAAAAACUCGGCGAGGACGAUCUGGUUCGGGAGCAGAGCAUCCAACAGUUGCGCGAGUGGAUCGCCAAACAUCCCCGGAUCAGGCAUUGCCGUACGGAUGCACCGUUCCUGUUGCGUUUCCUGCGCAACAACAAAUACUCGUUCAUGAAGGCCGCCAAAAUGUUGGAGUGUUACGUGACGGCCUUGACCGUGAACAAGCGGUGGUUGACCAAGUUGGACAUCGAGGCGGAUCCCGAUCUGGAGCACCUCAUCGACUUCGGAUACAUUUUCCCGUUGCCCCAGCGUGACGCUAAGGGGCGCAUUGUCCUGUUCAGUUCGUCGGGUGGUUUCUACGCGAACCCGCACAAACCGUCGAUGCACGCCGUGGUCAAGAUAAACCACAUGGUCACCGAGAUAUACCUGGAUACGAACGAGGCUCAGUGCGCCGGAUUUGUGUUCGUGUACGACAUGGAGCUAUCCGACAUCAACGUUCUGACCAGUUGGCUGUCGAUCAUGGAGAUCAAGCAGCUGGUUCAGCUCACGAACAACGCAUCGGCAGUGCGCAUCCAGGAGCUGCACUUUAUCAACACGCCCAAAACGCUGCGAAGCAUUGCGAACUUGGUGCUGCAGCUGAUGAGUGAAAAGAUCCGGAGUCGAGUGUUUUGCCACCGAUCGCUGGAAAGUCUAUAUGAAGUGGUGGACAAAACGAUGCUGCCAAAAGAAUUCGGAGGCACCAUUCCGAUGGUGGAAAUGUCCACCGGGUUCAAAAAGCUCUGCCAACGGAUGCGCCAACGCUUGUCGGCGCUAGACGAGAUGCAGAUUGAGCUGUCCGACAAGGACAAGGAGGACGACGCUUGGCGCGUUUCGGAGGGUGGAUCGUCGUCGGGGGUUGUUGGAUCGUUCCGGAAGUUGGAGGUGGAUUGAAUGGUGGGGGAAUUCGGACGAUUACAGAACUAGUGUUAAAUAUUUACUGAAAAUGGAAUCAUACAUAGUGUCGCGUUUCGAGCUUUAAACAUAAUGUAUACUAAACAAAUAAACGCUUA